GGCGUCACCGCAGUACUCAUCUCCUAUUGGCCAGCUGAACUGUCAGUCAAGUCGCGUCGGCUGGCGAGCUGAGCUGCAUGACAGCGCCGUUCUCAGCAGUGUGUGUACCAGACAAAAUGGGAAAUAAUAUAUCCAGUUGACGCACUAUAGCUACAGCAUUUAGUGAAACGUGGCGGGAGAUCAUUAGAGACCGGUUUUGAGAAGAUCUCUUCCAUUCUAAACCAAGCUGUGGCUGACGGAAGUGAACUUAGGACGGAAAGAGUUAGUGGUUUAGUCACGAAUGGCUUUCGACUCCGUUGGCGGCGACCGCGGCGGAGGUGAGGCUGCGUGGAUCAUGCAUCAGCAGAUGCAGUCUGACCCCAAGUCUUCCUGGCCUUCCAGCUACAACUCAGACAACAAUAACUGGAACAACGGCAUGGAUUCUCAGUAUUCCGGCUACUCUAAUUAUUGGUAUCCCCAGUCGCACACGGCGGGACCUUAUGGAAGCACAUACCCCCCUGGAACAGAGGUCAACGGACAGGCCUCAUACAAUCCCCAGGCAAUGUCAGGCUAUUCCAAUGGGGUGUACAAUCCAGGACAGUACUCCUCGAGUAUGCUACAUCCCUCCAACCCCUUCUACUGCAGUGACCAGGUUCCUUCAAGACAGCCUCAGUAUCACAGCCAGACCUGCCCUGAACAAAAUGCGGGGGGUUCAGCUCCUCCCCCCUACCCCGUUCCUCACUGCCAAGGGGCUCCUGGCUACCCAGCAGGAUCUUACCCACACUAUGGAGAAGGGUGCAUUUCGAAUGCCCCCUACCUCAACCAGCAGCCCAUGCUCUCAAGACCCCAGCACGAGGCCUGGUCCCAUUCUGGAGGGUACGGGCCCACACCGCCCCAACAGCAGUGGCCGUCCAAUACUCAGACACCCCAUGGCCACUAUAACCAUGUACAACCGCCUUACCCUCCACCGUGGCAAGGACCUGCACCACCUCCAUAUGAGCACAAGGAUCUACCAUAUCACAGUCAGCCUCAUAUCCACCCUCGAAACCAGCAUCCAGGCUCCAAACCACGAGUCAGCACUCCAAACCCAACUCCACCUCCGCCCAAUGCCGCCCAGUUCAGCGCUCCGCCUCAAAUCUACAACAAGGCUCCCUCCGGAGGUGCAGGACCUGAGCCCAAACCAGCCCAGAAUGAACAACCUCCAACGUCUUCCCACCAAGGAUCGUCCACUCCAGCCCCAUUAAGCGAUAAUCCCAGCCUGGCUCGAGUUCAGCAGGUUCUGGCCAGAGUUCAGCUCCUCCAAGAGGACGUGGAUGAGUUUGUGGGGAAAAAGACAGACAAGAGCUACCGGUGCCUGGAGGAACAUUUAACAAAAGAGCUGCUGGAAUUGGACUCGGUGGAGACCAACGGACAGGACAACGUUCGACAGGCUCGCAAAGAAGCCGUUCAGAGGAUCCAGGCCAUCUUGGACCGCCUUGAGAAAAAGGCUUUCUAAUAACAGAGUGGUUGUUCUUUUCUUUUCUUCUUCUUUUUAAUGAUAUCUCCUCAUGAUAACAGAUUAGGAUUUUCACAGUUUGUCAGUUAGUUUGCCAGCAUUAACUUUGUGGUGUUUUUGGGUUGUGUACCUUAUUGAUGGUAAUGUAUUAGUAGAAAUACAGGUGCAAAAUGUCCUAAUCAUUGCAGUGCCAUACUCAAACCAGCCUUCUGCCAUCCAGCAAAGAGCAGCGGCAGUCUGACAUCUGCACAGAAUUAAACAUAAGUCUCAUUGCAUAACACCAUCUUAAGACCUUCGUUGUUUUUUUGUUUCGUUUUUUCUUGAGUCUAGGCAGACUGAAAGGAUAAAACAGAGCUAAUUCAACCACAUUUUAAUACUUCCAGGGGUUUUUGGUAGCACAACUUUCAAGACCAGUGCUUUUUGCACUGGGAAUGUUGUUUAGCACUGCUGUUAUUCCAAUACUUUCUUGAUUAUUUUGUAAAAUAUCUUGAUCUAUAAAUAAAAGAAGGUCAGUUUUUUGUAACUCACUCCGUUUAAUUUCAUCCAUUUUCUAUUGGAUUUUGUAUUAGUUUCAUCACUGGUUUUAUUCAGUCACCUUCUUCAUGGAAAUGUAUGAAUAAAGGUGCAAUCACAUUUGCCACGUUUCGCCAUCAAAAAGGUUUUCCGCUGUUAAUAGUGAAGCAAUUCAUGAAACACCGCUCACACAAAAGUCACUUUCAAACCAAGCAGCUUUCUCUUGAUUAAUGAGAUUCCUAUUAAAAUUAUUGGAUUUCACUUGCAAAAUUUUGCAAUGUUAAAUGUACCUGCACCUUAACUGAUUACACAGUUUUCGAUUUAGAGCAUGGUUCGGUCUUGUCCAAACUGAAUGUUACAAACCCACAGCUUGGACGGAUCUCAGACCAGCUGCUAUUGGAUCCAUAGUUCCUGUCCCGCUACUCUUUUUCCAGGCCGCAUCUGGAUUUUAAAGACCCCUUGAAAUUCUUAAAAUCAAAAAUGGUGUUUUGUGGGUUUUAGACCUUAUCGGUUAGCUUUGAGACCAUCUACAUGCUAGUAUGCUAUUAAAAGUUGACAAACCUUCAGUACCACCUGCCUCCAACAAGCAAUAGCUAGUAGCAAAUCAUGGUUUUCCUAGGCUGCGAUGUAAACCGUUUAUAAAAAGACAAGCCCUUUGAUAUGUUUUGCCCCAACUUCUUGUUUCAAUAUUAAAGAAAUUGCUUUCAUCAAACCAUUUCACAUGGUCUUUAAAGUUCAAUGAAGCCUACACUUCAUCUGCCGUGGUCACUUCCUUUGAUUGUGCACCUGCAUCUCAGUUCACCUUUUAGUAGAGGCCUUGGUGUUAACAUGAUUGUUUACAUCCUGCAGUUCGGAGAACUUUUAGCUAUUGUUCAUUUUCUUUCCUUUGUUUGUGAGACUACUGAUCUGUAGCUGAUUCAACGCAUCUGCGUCAGAGUUCAGGUGGCAGUAGCCAUAUACAGACCGUAUAUAGUCAA